AUGGCUCGUGCAACCCGGUCGACUACCCAAAACCAGGAAAAGGAAUCUUCUUCCACAACCACCAUCACACCUGCGACUAACACAUCACCUCCUCGCCCAAAAACGGGCUCAAAGAAACGCAAACGUCCCAACCAGCCGGAUUCCGAUGAACCUGUUUCGAAGCAGCACAAAACUGACUCCGCAGCGAUAAAGGAGGAGAAUGACAUUACAGAACCUCAUCCAGACGAAGAGCACCCUGAAGCUCGGCCUCAAACAAGCCAACGACCUGUGCUUCCACUUGCUGGAGACAUACCGAUUACGCCAGAAGAUGCACAGAAAAUAACAGACAUAUUGGAGACGAUUGAUUCGCAGGGGCUGCUCGACCGGGUCUUUCCUUCUCCAAGUGAAGAUGGAGCAUCACCACCACAGUACCGUUCACUGCGUUGGCUGCUGAAGGAAGAUUCGCCACGUCCUAAAUUAUCCACCUUACGGUCUGCUAUUCAACACCUGGUUCCAAUAUCAUCGCAGUCGCGUUCCAAACCUUCCAAACCCGCCAUACAGCAACGCCGUUUCUGCGACGUCGCGCUUUCUCUUUUUGAAGAAGCCUCAUUCCAUAAUGUUACCAUACCGUCAGAUAUGGUCUCCCUCCUACCGGAGACUCAGUCGGACGAGGAAGAUAUCUCCUCGUCACCACCGCGUCAACAAAAGAGAUACGCACUGAAGCAGCGCCUCCCCACAGGGGAGUGGUGGACGUCAUUAGCCAACAACUCUUCGGACCCUCAAUCCCUCAAGGCCCUGUCGACUGGACUUUCUGAACUUGUCGUCAGUUUACCAACACCGUCUGCCCCUACUGCAAUAUCAGUCGCACCCUCUUCCGCUUCGUCCUCCAAGCCAUCAACCUCCUCCACCGCAUCAGUUGUUCCAAGCCUUGGCUCGUAUACCUAUCUCAAAGCACCCCCAUUGAAGGCCAAGCCAUGGCCCGUUCGUCGAGUGAAAACGACAGGCUCAUUUCUGGACUACGGUCCAUGUGCUAGUUUCGCUCCGACGUUCAGUCAAGAUGGAGCUGAGGUGGGCCGACAACAGCUCGGUGAGUUUUUAUGGAGAAAGGAACAACGGAGGAGAGAGCGCCAGGCCAAUAUCCUAGAAGAUAUGGAGAGCAGGGCUACGGCUAUAGAAGUUGACGACGACGAUAAUAUUGACCCCGAAUUACGCAAAGCAGGCCAGUCGAAGGACUCGGAACUAGAGGAAGCUUUGACAGAGUUGUUGCCCCCAGAAGAGGUCGAUGUUAUCAAGUCAGCUUUGGAUAGUCUCGAACUUGAGGCUGCCGUGCAAGAGUUACUAGAUCGAAAUGCUCGUGCCCUGGUACGAUUGCAAAAGCUGCAAAGAAAGCGUCUGUUGAAUAGGGAGUACGUUGUAGCCGAGGGAUCAGAGGAACUCGAUACAGCGAAAGCUAUAAUGGAUUCGUUAGAAUUAUUAGCCUCAUUAAGACCCAGGUCGUCCAAAUCGGAGUCAGCACCUUUGAUUCCACCACCCGCCCUACUCCGAGUGUUGUAUAAAACCAUCCCAAUUUCCGCUUCACCCGGUUGGUAUGGUACUCUUCCAGCACAGAAGACGAUGGCAUUGCAUGACAAUACUACCGUGAAAGUCAAAGUCGGGGCAGGUACCACAAGCGCUACAACUGUGAACCCAACGAUAGCCACUCCUGCCGCACCAUCCACUCCCACCCCUGCAUACUAUCAAUAUGGUGCUUAUGGCGCCGCAGCUCAACAGUAUCGACCUCCUCAAGCCGCAACAUCGUAUACCUUCAAGCCUCAUGCAUCGAGCGCCGCUUACUAUCCGAGCGCGUACGCCAACCAGCAGCAGCCGGGUACUCAGCAACCUCAAGCAUAUGCUCCCCAGAAUUACCCCUAUGCUGCGACAGGACAAAUGUCUUACGGCUCCUGGUAUAGCUAUGCCCCUCAAUAUACGACAGGCGUGGCGGGUGGAUCGAACUCUGGACGGGGUACACCUACACAAACGCCUCAGAUACCGACAGCGAAUUCUUACGGCAGCUUUUUUGCAUCAACAUCGGCAGCACCGGUUCAACCUGUGAGAACCCCUGCUGUUGCGAAUACCGUCACGAACAAAGGCUAUCAAACCCAGCAGCAGGGCGGCCAGCCUCUCUGGCCUUCCACCGCUAAUGGGUAUUCAGCACAGAAGCCUCCGGUUGCUGGACAAACUGUCGUUCAGCCCACGUUGCCCGCGCACCUUAGGAGUUCCGCCGCCCAAGGCGUCCAACCCUCUUCCACGCCUGGCACACCUGCUCCUGGGACACCUACACCUGGGACGCCCGCCCCUUUAUUACCUGGGGCUUAUCAGCAACAAACACCAUAUUACAACGUGUACCAGCAAUCCGCGGCGACCCCAGCACCACGAUAG